AUGAAACCGUCCGUCGACAUUAUAGAGGACAAUACCAGUGCCAGCGGCAUCGGGGGCAAGAUCCCAUUUAAAAAGAUCUUCCAAAAGCGGAAGAAGUCGUCUGGGCGUGACCAUCAGCGAUUCACCAUCGACAUCAAUACCGACGGGGGAUUCACGGCCGUUGUCACUGUGAACUCGACUCAGUACGUGGGCAAGGGUACCUCAAAGAUGACAGCCAAGAACGCGGCCUGCGAGAAGGCUUGGCGCGAUUUUAUAAUUGCGAAGAUGACGCCUAAGCCUCCCCGUAUUCACCAGGUGGAGAUAGGUGCGGAGCCAAUAGACACUAACGAGGAUGAGGCCGAUGCACCGGAUGAUGAUCUGCCCAUCUGUUCACGGAGUGGGAGCGCGAGGCUAUGUCGUACCCGAGAUGCACCCUUCGGCCAAUGCUGCCCAGCAGGCCGGAGGGAUGCCGGAACUCCAGUUCCCGCCGCGCCGAAGGAACCAAAGAAGCCGCCAGUGCGUACGGAGCUACCCUCUGGCUGGGAGACCAUGCACCCGGCGACCAUUCUUUGCAUUAUGCGCCCGGGACUCAGCUACUCGGACUACGGGUCAUCUGGCGACAAUACCACCGGCAUGCAGCAUCUGGGAAUCACGGUGGACAACCAGGAAUUCCACGCCCACGGCAGAUCCAAGAAGAUCGCCCGUCUCAACGUGGCCGUGAAAGUGUGCAACUCUCUGUUCGGCACAAACUUCGCCUACGGCGACACCGUUUAAGACACCAACUCCAACCGCAGACUCCAACUGCCGACAGCAACACACCUCGCCAACACGCCUCUCUUAAUUAUAAUGUAUACAAU